UAUAGCUUCUAGGCACUCGUACCUUACUAUAUUACCUCCCCCGCCCCCCACGCCGCUGCCAUUCAUCUCUCCAUCUCCCCUCCCACCUUUGCGUUACUCGCCGGAGAGAUCCGAUAAUGGAUGUCUACGGAGUGUCGGCGCCGGAACUGUUUCGCAUUGAUGAUCUUCUCGACUUCUCCAACGCCGACAUUUUCUCCUCCGCCGUAGACGACUCGUCGAACCAGCACAACCACCACCAUCUCCUCCCUCACUCCGCCGAGACCACGUCCUCCCCCGCCGACAACUACUUCUUCAACCCCCACUCCUCCGCCGACUUCACCCACGACCUUUGCGUCCCAAGUGAAGAUGCGGCGGAGCUGGAAUGGCUAUCGACGUUUGUGGAGGAUUCGUUCAGCGACAUUGCGGCAAACUCGACGAUGAAUCUGAGCGGCGCGAGCAGCGCCGCCGCGUUUCAAGGCCGGUCCAGGAGCAAGCGAUCCCGAUCCGCCGCUACCGGAUGGACCGCCGCAAUGCAGCCGCCGCCGCCGCAGGAGACGGUUACUCAUCACGAGAUCUCCUCCAAUAAGCACGGCGCUAAUAAGAAGCGAGAGAGUUCCGAGGACGUGCCGCGCCGAUGCACGCACUGCGCCUCCGAGAAGACGCCGCAGUGGCGGACCGGACCGCUCGGCCCCAAGACGCUUUGCAACGCCUGCGGCGUCCGUUUCAAGUCCGGCCGCCUCGUCCCUGAGUACCGCCCCGCCGCUAGCCCCACCUUCGUCCUCACUCAGCACUCCAACUCUCACCGGAAAGUCCUCGAGCUCCGCCGCCAGAAGGAGCUCUUCCGUCAACAGCAACAGCAACAACAGCAGCAGCAACAGGAGAUGUACGGUCGUCACUUUCAGGUCUGCUGACGUCAGCUAGCUCCCUCCCCCCGCACGUGUUAUCGUCAUAUCCCCCAUGUCGCUUUUCUUAAUUUUCGUUUUUUUUUUUUUUCCGAUUCUCAGAAAAUUUCCGCUGAGUACUCAACUUUUUAAUUAAUUAUUUAUAUCUUUUGUGCUGAAAAUAUCUGCCACGAAUUUAAUAAA